CUCAGGGAUAUUAACGAACUGAAGCGCUCGCUCUCUUCUCCGAAGGAGUAGAGCUUCUUCGUUCUCCAACAUUUUAAUGGUGGAUUUAUUACAAAAAACCUAGAGAUUGUGCGUCUUGAUCGCUUGCAAUCUCUCCUGCAAUGAGAUCUCACGGUGCAAAGCUCGCCCUUUUACUCGCUCGGAGGUCUCUCCGAUCGAACCUAAACAAUUGGAGCAGUCAUCACGUUGGAUAUGCACUUCAUCGUCUAGGGUUUCCUCGGACUCCAACUGGGGAAAAGGAAAAUGGACGAGUUGUGUUCAAAGUGGCGUCUUUUAUAUGAAUAAGAGGAAUUUUCAUGGAACAAGGCCGGCGCUUGCAAGGGACUAUUAUGAUGUACUGGGAGUGAGUAAGAAUGCAACUGCUUCGGAAAUUAAGAAAGCUUAUUAUGCACUUGCAAAGAAGCUCCAUCCUGAUACAAAUAAAAAUGAUGCUGAAGCGGAAAGAAAAUUCCAAGAAGUUUCACGUGCUUAUGAGGUUCUAAAGGAUGAAGAGAAGAGGUCGCUUUAUGACCAGGUUGGUCCUGAUGCAUUCGAACAGGCUGCUUCAGGAGGUGGUUCUGGUGGGGGACCAUAUGCCGGUGGUGGAUUUCCAUUUGAGGAUAUCUUUGGGGGCGGGGGGAGUGAUUUUUUCAAAUUCUUCAGAGAUGGGGCUUUCGGCGGAGGCUUUGGUGGGGGAUUUGGUGGGGGAUUUGGUGGACAAGAUAUCAAGGUAUCACUGGAGAUAUCAUUCAUGGAAGCAGUUCAAGGUUGCACCAAAACGUUGUCUUUCAAUGCUGCUGUACCUUGUGGGAGCGGAGUGCCUCCUGGAACUAGACCUGAAACAUGUAGAAAUUGUAGAGGUGCAGGAAUGACUUACUUGCAACGAGGACCAUUUACAUUGCAACAGACCUGUUCGGUUUGUGGUGGCAGUGGGAAAGUUAUCCUAAAUCACUGCAGGUCAUGUGGUGGACAGAAAGUCGUGAAAAGCACAAGAACAGUAAGGCUGGAUGUGAUGCCUGGAAUUGAUGAUAAUGACACUAUCAAAAUUCAUAGGAGUGGGGGAGCAGAUCCUGAAGGAGGUCAACCUGGCGAUCUUUACGUUACAAUAAAGGUUCGAGAAGAUCCUGUUUUCAGGAGAGAAAAUGCCGACAUACAUGUCGAUGCUGUCUUAAAUGUGACUCAGGCAAUCUUGGGAGGAAGCAUACACGUGCCAACUCUUACAGGAGAUGUAGUUCUUAAGGUUAGGCCAGGUACUCAACCAGGUCAGAAAGUUGUCCUAAAGGGGAAAGGAAUAAGGUUGAAGAAUUCCAGCGUACAUGGUGACCAAUAUGUUCAUUUUAACGUCUCCAUUCCCGUUAAUUUGACCCAGCGGCAGCGUAUGCUGAUUGAAGAGUUUGCAAAAGAGGAGCAGGGGGAUUAUGAUAAGGGUUCGAAAGCAGCAGGAGCUUCAGGAUAGAUAAUUACACACAUAAGAGUAAUAAUACGUUAGAAAUCCAUUUGUAUAUAUGCUCAUAAUAAUGGGAGAGCCACCAUCCUAAUGCCGAGCUCUUGUAUGAGCUUGGUAUUAAUGUUCUGUUCAAAUUCAAAUAUUGUAAUUUACAUGUGUCAUAAAUCUGAAUUAUUUUCUUAAGGUCUUGAACAUUACAAGCUAAUGUAUUUAAUCACAUGUAUUUUCAGCUCA